GGAUCAGCGACGGAUUAGGUAGUGGGACUAAAUUGUGGUGAUGCGACUCGAAAGGGUAGAGCAAGUGAAGCGAGGUGUCGGAACCAAGAAGAGCUAGCGCGCUAGACUCGAGAUCCGCCCCCGAGAUCUUUAUCGAUAAGGAAGCUGCAUUCAUAAAUUUGGAGCAGGCGGGUCUUUUGCUCAGUGAACAUCCUCCGAUGGCUUUUAGGAAGCGCAAUAUCGCGCUGACACGCUCUCCUUCCGGUGAAGACACCUCGGCCUCUCCUUCGUCCCCUUCUCCAGUACCCACACCCGUCCGACCCCCUCCAGGUGUUCGCCCAUCGCCCAUCGAUGGCCGCCUCACCACCUCAACCGGCACACCCUCACUCGACGGCGUCCUCGCAGGGCACGCGGGCUUACCGCUCGGUAACUCUAUACUUAUCGGCGAGAGCGGGACCACUGACUAUGCGGGCGCCCUUUUGAGGUUCUAUGCCGCGGAAGGCGUGGUGCAGGGCCACAAGGUGCACGUCGUGGGCAUGGGUGAGGUGUGGGGGAGGGAAUUGCCUGGCAUAGCAGAGGACAAGGAGGAUAGGAGGAAAGAGGGGAAGGAGAGGGCGGAGAAGAUGAAGAUUGCGUGGCGGUAUGAGGGUUUGGGGCAGUUUGAGAGUGCGAGAGGCGCUCCAACUCCGAAUAGAAGUCCAUCGCAAGUAGAAGGCGCCCACGGAGAGGUAGCGGCUGUGUUCUGCCAUACGUUCGAUCUGGCGAGACGGCUCACACUCCCUGUUGGUACAGCCAUCAACUACGUGCCUAUCCCGCGAACCUCCUCGCCCUUUCCAGCUAUCCUCCAGGGUAUACAGCGACAGCUCGCUUCGACGCCGCCGAACACCAUUCAUCGUCUCGUUAUCCCAUCCCUCCUCUCACCGGCGAUAUAUCCUCCGAUAUCCUCACAUCCCUCGUCGGUACUUCAAUUCCUGCACGCCCUGCGGGCCUUAUUGAGGCAAUAUCCCACGCGACUAACCGCCAUCAUCACACUCCCCUUAUCCCUAUACCCGAGAACGGCCGGCCUCGUUCGCUGGAUGGAGAUCCUCUCCGACGGUGUCCUCGAACUAUCCCCGUUCCCAUACUCGCAUAUGCAAACCCUUGCAACGUCAGCCGGUACGACCAAAGACGAAGAAAAGCCGCAGGGCAUGCUUGCCGUGCACAAGCUGCCGGUGUUCCAUGAGAAAGGUGGUGGAGGCGGUGCUGAUGGGUUGGGCGAGGAUCUCGCGUUUACGCUGAGCAGGCGCAAGUUCGUGAUAGCGAAGUUUAGCUUGCCGCCAUUGGAGGGUGACCGUGAAGCGCAGGAAGAAGCGGGGAGGGAGAUGAGCGGCGGAAACGCGAUGCCGAGGAAGGAGGAGCUCGAAUUCUGAAAAGCGCAGUUGUCUGGCUCGGCUGUCGAAGAUAUACCCCGUAGAAGACUCAAAUGGCUAGCGAGAUUUGGCUGAGCAUCGUGAUAUGCCA